UCACGGCAGCGAGCAGGGAGACGGCGGCCGAGGCGUACUGAUUUCUCCAAACCCUUUGGGAGAAAUCUGCCUUCCGUGGCGUGGAGUUCCCCGCUAUGGAGUGUUUCGGCGUGUGGCGGCCAAAGGGAUCCUGAAGAAACACGGAAUGCUGUGCAGCAUUACAGAAGAGGGAGGAAGACGGAACCGGCAGGCGGCGGCGAGACCGAAUGGCUUCUCCGGUGCUGCCUUUGACAAGGGACGGUGAUAAGACGCCACGUUCUCCCGCCGUCCUUGAACGCCUCUCCGCUGUGCUGCACGCCCGCAAACUGAGCGAAUCAACAGGAGGGGGGUCCCUCGGGGACGGCGGCGGCUGCCACCCGGCCCGGAGCUGCCGUGACCGGUGUCAUUCGGCUGCGAGGCGAGCGGAGGUCAAACUGCGUCCGUUCGGGGAGGAGAAAGUGCGCGUGUGCUGUGACGAGGAAUUGGAGACAUCUUUCACUUACAUAGAUGAGAACGUCAACCUGGCAAUCGGCAGCCCAGAGACGAGCUGUAAAAGUUCCCUCAGAACGGCGCGCAACUGCGAGCCGUGCUCAGAGACGGUACCAGAUUUUUCUUUCAUGUCCGAGGAUGAUCUGUCCUUUGGGGAGGCCUCAGGUUCCUCGGUGGACUAUUGGUUCAUAAGCGCGGUCACAUUUUUGGUGACCGGCAUCUCCUUGGUGAUCAUCUCCUACACCGUGCCCCGGGAUGUGGUCGUGGACAGGGACAGUGUCUCGGCCAGGGAGAUGGAGAGACUGGAACUGGAGAGUGCUCGCGUUGGAGCUCACCUGGACCGGUGCGUCAUAGCAGGAUUGUGCUUGCUCACGCUGGGCGGGGUUGUGCUUUCCACUCUGCUCAUGAUCUCCAUGUGGAAAGGAGAGAUGUACAGAAGGAAAGUCAUUGCCUAUUCCAAACGUUCCGCCAAAAUGUACGGUUCCAUCAGCCUGAAAACUAAAUCCAGUCCCAGUCACUCCUCUGCGCACUUGUCCCUGGAGGAUAUAGUGGAAAGUUUGAACUAGGAAUGCGCAGUAUUGGGCUUCACUCAAAUUGUCAUUGGACGUGCAAGUCUGCAAUAUUUUAGUUUAUGAUCUACACUGGGAAAAAAAUGGCAUCAUGAUAGCCUACUAAUCCUUUUCUAUACCACUUGUCUUUAUUGGGGUUGAGUUGGAUGGAGCCUGUCCCCGCUGAAUUUGGACAGGUCACCCUGUCCAGGGGUCCACCCUGGACUGGUCAUCAGCCAAUCGCAGUCACUGCGUCAAAGUUUGUGCUAUCCCUUUACAUGUAAUUCCCAGAUUAUAAUACUCAGUCCUUUUUAUUUAUCCUUUACUAAUUGGGGACAAUGUAAAUGUCUCAAGAGAGGACAAGAAAACAGGUUUGCUUCACAAUGAUGUCUAUAUGGCAAUUCUGCAACUCCACACCAUAUUGUGUUUUUUUUGUGUGUGUGUGUAAAAUACAUUCAGAAGUAUGAAAAAAUGCUAAUUCAACUCUGUGUGAUGUAUACUGUGAGGUCCAAAAGCAUUUGGACAAUGGCAGAGUUCAGCAACAGGAAGUACUCUGCAUAACACAGCUAUAGUUGCUAACUGGUAAAUGCCAUAUUUUUGCAAAACCUACAUACUUUAAGAACAUCUUAUAUCCAUCCAUUGUCAAUACAGCUGAUUAUAUUGACAAAUAUAAUCAUAGGGUUGCAGGUGAGCUGAGGCCAAACCCAGCUGAGGCCAAACCCAGCUGAUUUUGGACAGGAGGUACACCUUGGGCAUGUCGCCAGUCAGUCGCAGUGCACAUAUAGACAAAAAAAAAAAAAAAAAAACAUUCACGCUCAUAUUCUCAACUAUGCACAAUUUCGAGUCUUCAAUUAACAAAACAUGCUAACAUAGCAUGUUUUAGGAGUGUGGGAGGAAGCCAGAGUACCCAGGGAAAACCCAUGCAUGCACAGGGAGAAUAUGAAAACUGCACACAGGAAAGCCAGAAAUGAGAUUCGAACUGAGACCUCAGAACUGCAAGGCUGAUGUCCUUACCAUAAAACCUUUCAUAACCUCCUAAUAGUUUCAUUUCAAAUGCAUUGUUGUGGUGUGGAAAGAUAAAGUCAAAAACACUGCCAUUGUUCACAUACUUCUGAAGCUAACUGUGUAUCACAUCACUUUAAACACAAUUUAAAUAUCAAAUGGUAUUAGUUUAACACAGGUACGGCUCUGAUUGAAUUAAUGCCACCUCCCAUUUUCAUUCUGGCAAUUGUAGAGCAUCUUUAUGUUGCGUGAAAGAUGUUAUAUAAAUCUUAACUCUUAUUAUCAAGGGGUACAAAUGACUUGAUAGAAAGGUGCCGUUAUACCUAACUUGACUGCUUCUUUUGACGUGACUUUUACAACUAGGAAACCACCUGAGUCCGAGGUAGCUUUAUGGGUUAUAUUAUUGGAAAUUGCACCAUAAGAGAUAGACAUGCACUCCUAGUUUGCCCUUAUAACUGACAGUGGACAGAUUUUACAGUACAGCCAUGCUUCAAAAUAAACACUCCAUAGUAGACGAAUACAGUGGACCCCUGCUCACGGUUUGGCACCCGGGGAUUUAUUUUUAUUUUUUUUCAAAUUUUUAGAAAAUGUUUUUUCUUUUAUGUUUUUUCCGCUUUUCUUUUUGUUUUUUUAUAUUUUUUGAGGAAACCACCCCUGAAAACACUUUAACACUUAUUCAAGAAUGUUUGGACUUUAAUUAUUUUUUUUAAAUUCACAAUGCAAUUAUUAUGGGUGUCAAUUAUCCUCGGAUUUCCGCGGAUGGAUGCAUGCAAACAUGGCUUAAGUAAAGGUAAUUGCAGCAUUUUUUUUCUUCAGUUGAAAGAAAGGAUGUGUCAAUUUGGAGAGAGGCAUUGAUUUCUUCAAGUGGAAGACCACACGGUGCCUAAUUAAGGCAAGGUGUCAAUUAGAGCAGAUGCUUCUCUUUGAGGAUACACAGUCAAUAACUUUGUAGUAUUACAUUGCUGAUAAGUGCAAAGUCCAAAGCUUACAAUAUUAGUGAAGAGCAUGCUAACAGCAAUGUCACUGACACUGGAAUGCAUUUUGGUACACUGUAAAUCUUGGAGCACUUCUGUUUAUUAUUAAUGCUAUUUGUUUUUAAUGUGAAGGUUCUGAACCGCAAAAUCAUACACGGGCACAUUUCAAGAAGUAGCCGGAGUCUCCGGAGUGGAGGUGAGUCUGGCUUCUAAGAGGUCCACUCUGUGGGAUAGUCAGCUCAGUGGUGUGCAUGGUAAUAUCCAGUGGCAGUCCCUCUCUAGUGCAGUGCUGAGGUAAGCCAGUAAGCCCAGCUUUGUGCAUCUGAGCCAAAGCUCCAAGUCGCUUUGACUGAACUAAACAAUCUGACUGCAUUGGACAGCCCUGCCAUGCACGGCGCACGCUCCUCUGUUGUAUCUUAAUCAGCUCUUUUCCUUAUCUUUUCUUUCUGGAGAAUGCAUCAUUGCCUUCAACCUUUUAUCACUGCAAAGCUGCAGCACAGUGUUGCUAUGGUACAAUGUGUUGGAAUUGGGUCCUGGAUGAUGACAGCCAAAGCAUCAUUUGAUAGGUGAUUACCACUUUUCUCAGUGGAAUCUCUCUUUGUCUUCUAACUUGGACACACUAGAAUGGCAAUAUAAAUUGAACCAAAUUAAGGAAAUGCUGAGGAUAAGACUUUGCCUUGAAAGGUUCACCUAAAUUGUUUCUGAAACAACACAAUCAGGUAAAAAAAAAAAAAAAUCUGAGCCAUGUCACAAACAUGGCAUUCUCUCACGCACCCUCUCAUAUUUAGAUUAAUAUUUAAUGAGAAUAUUUUCCAGAAUUUUCAGAUGCAGGAGAAGAAUGGAGUUAAAUGGUCCCCACAUUUUCUCUGUUUUACCUACUGAUGCUGCUGCAAAUGGUGGCAUUCAUGCGUGCCAGCAGAAAAUAAAGAAUGCCACAAGAUGCCUCUGUUUGUGCGCGGGUGUGUGUGUACGCCGUUUGGCUCAUAAAUCAUGCAUCAACACUGAAAUUCAUUCUCCUUUGCAUUAAUUCAUACACAAAGAUCAAUCUUGAAUCGUGUCGUGUGUGCUUCUGUCAUUCUAUUACAUGCUUGCUAUACUUUAA